AUGGCAUCAACUAAUGAACGUAUUCCAUCAAGUAUUUAUCUAAUUGAUUUUUUUAUUUAUUGUCCAUUAUUAUGUGAAAAAGAAGGACAGGAAGAACGAAAAAUUCUUUAUUAUUAUCCAUCUGAUAUUAAUCUUGAUCGUCAAAUACGUACAAUUGGUUAUUGUGAAGGUUUAGUUCAAUUUACUGAAACAUUUGGUUUUGAUGAUCCAUGUGAAACUGUACAUUUUCAAAAAACUCGUCUUUUAUUUCAUAAAAUUGAAAAUGAUAUUUGUAUAGCUAUGACACUUCAUAUUCCUGUUAUUGAACGAAAAAAAGAUGAUAAAUUUAUUACUGAUUAUCUUGAUGAAAAUAUAAAUGAUCGUAUUAUGUUACCAAUAUUAAAAAUGUCAUAUCGAUAUUUUAUUUUACAACAUGGUACAAUGUCAACAAUUAUUCAACAUGGUGGUAUUGAAGAAUUAAGAAAUGUACUUAAACAAUAUUUUGAUAAGUUUAUUCAACAUCAUUUACAUACAAUAAUACGAGAUGCAACAUUAGAUACAUCUUUUUUUGGUAUACAAUUUUUACCUGUUGAAAAAAAACUUUAUUUAAAACUUCAAUCAAUUUUACGACGACUUGAAUUACGUUUUUCAUCACUUAAAGAAACACUUUUUCUCUAUAAAGAUCAACUUAUAUGGAGUGGUCUUUCUCAAGAUGAUACUAGUCUAGUUUAUUCAUUUUUUCGUCUCUAUUAUUGGCCACAUAUUAAAACAUUAUUAAAUUCAUCGAUUGCACAAUAUUUAACAAUUGAUACAACUGCUAAUCUAGCUGAUGAAUUAAUUAUUUCAUCAAAUUCAACAAGUGAAAUUUAUCAAGCAUUUUUUUUAGGCAAUCCAUUAACACCCUAUCGAGUAUUAGUUAUAAACAUUAAUUUAAUAACAAUAUUUUGUUUUUUUCAUGAUGAUGAUGAUAUUAUAAAUAAUGAAGAUGUAGAUAGUCAAAUAGUUGAUACAUUAAAAAAAGAUUUAGAUACAAUGUUACCUAGUUUUGAAGAACAUUUACGAAAAAAAUAUCCAUCAACAGAUAUUACUGUACGAACAAUUUAUUAUAAUAAAAUUAAUAUGGCACAUUCAUCAACUAUUGAUUGGACACGUGAACCAAAUAAUUCUAUGGCUGGUGUUAUGAAUACACUUGCUGAAGAUAUGCAAUGGUUUCAUCCAUCUGGUGAAAUAAUGGUUAAACGUGAAAAUGAUCCAUGGAUAAUAUCUAAACGAUCCGAUAUGCGUGAAUUAUUAAUAGUAGUUAAUCAAAAAAAUGCAAAUCUAAAAGAAAUUAGCGAUAAAGUCAAGCAAAUAUUUGCUACACAAUUUAGUAACAUUUUACUCAUAGAGUGA